AUGCACGGCCUUAUUAUUGGGUUGCUAAAUUAAUCCAAACUUCCAAAGCCCAAAUCAACGCUCGGUUCGGUUGGAUUCGUUGGAACUUGGAAACGAAAAUUAAGUUUGGCCCGGAAAAAGGAAUUAAAUGAAAAAAAGAAAGAAGAAAAAAGGAAGAAAUUCAAGGCGGGGUGUGUUUGUCACUUUCCUCGGCUAAUUUUCCCUCUCUACUCUCUAGGGUUUGAAAAUUGUUUUGUUCUCAGGGAACUCUUCAAUACUGGCUCAAUGGCAACGCUUGCGACUCCACAGCCACUGUUUCCGACCCCGCAACAGCCGCAUCCUUUCCAACAGAGCAACCCCUUCUUCUCGCAACAACAACAGCUACAAUUCCCACAACAGACUAAGCAACAACUGCAGCCACAGCCACAGCCACAGCCACAGCCACAGCCACGGCCACAGCCACGGCCACAGCAGCAACUGUUUCUUUUCACCAAAGAUAAGGCUCCCGCGAAUUACAGCACAAAGUGGGCUGAUCUGCACCCAGAUUCUCAAAAGUUUUUACUUCAAAUAGAGUGCGUUCAGUGUCCCUUCUCUUUUUCUAUUUUUGUUUUCUGGGGAGGUGGGGUGUUUGCUUGUCGGUUGCCGAGAAAGAGCAGACAAAGGAGAAGAUAUUGGAGUACAGAGAUGAGAGCCAGAGGUUGGAUCAAUGUAGUCGCCUUUAUGAUUCCUCUGUUUCCAAUGAAGUGUUUGAACUUGAUGCAAGCCACUUUUUCUGGUGCUUCAUGUAUGAUGCAACUGAAAAAUUAUGGUAUGGUUGCAUUUAAGGAACUUGGGGGAAUUAGUACUGCCAUGGAGCGGCAGAGAGCUCUUCUACAGGAGCUAAUGACUGCUGUGAAAGAUAUGUUACAAAAUUCGGAGGUUUCUGUUCAUUCUUUCAUGAUGAUUCGUCCAAGGUUUCUUCACCCAAACAUGGGAGGUGUGUCAAAUGCCAGUGCACCAUCCCAGGCUUCAGGGACAACAGCAACACCAGGUUCCGGUGCUCAAAUGACAGCCAACUCUAUAGUCCCCGUUUCUGAUUUUUACUGUGGGAUCCCCAAGAAGCCAUCUCCUUUUUUAUGGCAUACAGUUGAUAGAUUUGAGAAGUAUCUGGCUGAGUGCCGGCAGUGGAUUGAAGAGUUGGAGCAAUUGCUCCUUUUGGAUGCUGACAGGAAUUCCAUAAACAAGGGAUACUCAUUGUCACAGUCUCUUCCAAAAGUCAUGACAAAUGUUCAUGACUUUUUCGUUCAUGUGGCUGCUAAGGUAAAAAAGACUUGUGCUGAUGUGUAUUUAUGGACAUACUUCGCCAGCUAGUUUCUGGAUUCUAAAAAAAGUUGUUUUAUAAC